GUAUGUGUGUGCGUAAUGCCAAAACCAUCGGAUGAAAGUUUCGGCAAGCCGGCCGACUCGUCCUUGGACGAUGAUUUCGAGCUGGACGAGCUGGCCGUGUCUCGGAAGCCCCAUUUUCUCGAUUACGACAACAAACCUCCCGCCGAGCUGGUGGACCACUGCUGGAAUGGAGCGGGCAAAGAGCGGGGUCUGGAUGAGGAGGAGGAGGAUGGGGAGGAGGAAAUUUUAUCCGUAGAGAAAAAGGAGCAUAAUGAUGUAAAUGGGCGACCCCUUCUCGCUACGGUGGUGUGCGAACAAUCGUUACUGUUCCAGCGUCCGCCACCGGUAGCGGCGCUAGACGCCACCACAACACCAGCCAUACCGAUCAUGAAUGUAUCGUACGAUGUAACGACGGCAACGGUCACCACGCUGAACAUUGUGUCGACCGCCAAGCAAGGUGGUGGUGGUACCUGGCCGCUAAAGGAAAGACCUGCAGCAAUGUCACCCAGGCGGCAGCAACCCCAACAGCAACAGCAACAUCCUUCCUUAAAUCGUGGCGAGCUGGGUGAGGUCGGACCGAAGAUGGAAUGCGUUUACUCGUUGCUUUCAAUGCUAGGCUCAACGAACGUACUCGAAAUGUCCUGCAAGUUCCUGGAGCUUUCUCGCAACGAGGAAAAAUGUUCCGCGCUGCGGCGCUCCGGCUGCGUACCACUGCUGGUGCACAUUAUCCAUAACGAACCGAACGAAGUCGCACGCCGGAAUGCACGGCAAGCGCUGGUAAAUGUGGUCCGAUGCAAUGGGGAUGAGGGAGCGGCCCGCCGGGAGUUGAAAGUGCUGCGUUUGAUCGAUCAGUUAAUUGACUAUACCGAUCUGCUAAAAGAACAAACGCGCGAAAGUACCCAAAAUCCCGAACCCGGCGAGCUGAUACGGGAGGAAAAGGAUGGUUCAAUGACCGCCCCGGACCCGGAACGUCAUCCGAUACAGGCGAUCGGAACGCUGGCAAAGAUAAGCUACGACGAGGAGCACCGCCACGCAAUGUGUCAGUUCGGGGCGCUACAAACGAUCGCAUCGCUGAUACAGCUCGACCAUCACGUGCACGGCAGCGCCACACCGGAUGCACUGAAAUGCAUCGAGAUGCGCCGUUACGCGAGCAUGGUACUGACGAACCUAACGUUCGGCCAGGGUAACAAUAAGGCGCUGCUCUGCUCGAACCGUGACUUUAUGCGGGCGCUCGUAUCGCAGCUUGGCUGUACCGAGCUCGUCCAGGUAACCGCAUCCGUGCUGCGCAACCUAUCCUGGCGCGCCGACUCCAUCACGAAGCAAACGUUGGUAGAGAUCGAAACCGUAACACGGCUAACCGAGGCGGCGAUGCGCUGUACGGUAGAAAACACGCUGAAAUCGAUCCUAUCCGCGCUGUGGAAUCUUUCCAACCAUUGCGCACAGAAUCGGGCCAAGAUAUGCGAAGUUAGUGGGGCGUUGGAAUUUCUAAUCGAUCUCCUAUCGUACGAAGCACCGAGCAAAACGUGGAGUGUCGUGGAGAAUGCGGGCGGUAUACUGCGGAACGUGUCGAGCCAUAUUGCGCAGUCGGAAGCGUAUCGGCGAGUACUGCGCGAGAAGCAGUGUUUGAAGCUGUUGCUCGAUCAGCUUAAAUCGCCCAGCCUGACGGUGGUAAGCAAUGCGUGCGGUACGUUGGGAAAUUUGUCGAGCGAAAAUGAGCAGGAUCAGCGCUUUUUGCGGGAGCACGGUGCGAUACCGAUGUUGCGUUCGCUCAUCUACAGCAAGCACAAUAUCAUCUCGAACGGGUCGAGGCUGGCGUUGAAAAAUCUGCAACAGCUGCAGCAACCAGUACAACGUACAGCGCCAGUACCGGUGAACACGCUGCAUGAGACGGAUGCCGCUGUAUGGAAUGGGAAAGGAGGAGAGACUGGGCUAACGUCGGCAAAACCUGGCCUGAUUGUGCGUAAGCAGCGUGCCAUGGAGCAGGAACUAGGCUGUGCGUUUUAUCGUAAACCAAGCGAAGCGUCCGAGGGUGAAGAAGAGGUGGGAGAAAUUGGGCGGGACGGAAUUGGAUCAUCUCCGGAUGCGGACCCGGAACCGGAAACACCAAUCAACUACGGGUUACCAGAGGAACGGCUACAUCAGCAUUCGUACGAUUAUCAGGAAACGGACAUUGAUCAGCUGACAGAUUAUUCGUUGCGUUACGCCGAAAAUCAGUCCGAUUCGGAGGAAGACGAGGAAAAGGAUGACGAGCGGGCAGUAGUGGCGACUUACAGACGGCGAGCGACCGGCGAACAGGAUGAUCCAUCAGUAAACGUACUGAUGCCGGAGGAUUCCGUCAAAUGUUACUACACCGAGGGUACGCCACAGAUCAUCUCCAGUGCUACAUCGAUGAGCGAUUUGCGUGCGGUAGCUGGUGCAGCUAUGAAACCGGUCGAGGUCGGACCGGUUCCCGCCCAACCAGUGGGGGUGGUUGUGGACCGAGAGGAAUGCAUUGUUGGCGGACCGGUGAUGAAAUCGAACCCGAUCCCAAUCGGACGUGGACCAGCUAUUAUCGGUGGCGGUGAUACGGGCUGUAACACACCGGACAAACCGUUCAAUUACUGUGAAGAGGGAACGCCCGACUUUAGCCGGGAAGCGUCGUUGAGCAUAAUCGAUCUUCCGCACGAAACGCAACAGCAGGAAAAGCAGCAACAGACGGGCAUGGAAGAACAGCAGCAGCAGCAGACGCAGCAAGCUCCGACGGCGGUAGUGGUUGGUGAUCCGAACGUUGCUAGCAUUACCGGGGGGCCGGUCUCAGGUAAAUCGGUUUCGUUUCUGAACACCGGUGCGGAUGAAACGCCGCUCAUGUUUUCCCGCACCAGCUCGAUGGGUUCGUUGUCGAGCGCGGAACCGGCUUGCACCGACGAUAAAAGUUCGAUUGUGAGCGAGUUUAGCCGAAUGGCGUCUGGCGUGAUGUCACCGUCGGAGUUGCCCGACUCACCAACGCAAACGAUACCACACUCACCGCACCCGCAAACGAAGCGUCCGAUGUUGCCGAAAAUUCUUCCCCCGGAUGAUGAUGAUGGUGGUGGUGGUGGUGGCCGUCUUCGCGUUGGGAAUGGUGACGGUAUCGGUGCGUUUGCAGACACGGUUAGUAAGUUUAAUGUAGAGCACACGCCAGCUCAGUUUUCGUGCGCCACCAGCCUGAGCAAUCUUAGCCUGGAGGAGAAGGAUGAGAUUAAGCAGAGCGAGAUCGAUGAGAAGGAGGGAAGGGUGGUGGAGGAGAGCAGUUCCCUAGCGUCGCAACCACCGGUACUACCAAAUCCGGCCGAUCUCGUGCUGGUUGGCAUUACUAACGCAACCACCACGGACGAAGGGCACGCAUCCGACGCAGAUUCCGAUGCGGGUGGUGGUGAGGAUGAUGAGCUGCUGGCGUCCUGUAUCAGCAUCGGCAUGAACAGUGUCGUUGCGCGCAGUGUUGCAAAGCAGCAAAAUGGGCCCACUUUCCAGCCGGUGCUGCGUUACGAUGAGUCGGCGGCGAAUGAUGAUGGGCACGAUUCGGACGAUAGCUCCAACCUGUCAGACAACAACGAUCGCCUGCUGGAGGAAUGCAUACUGAGCGGUAUGCCAAAGCCGAAACAAUCCCACCCACUAGUGGGACCGAGAGGCGGUGGACCGGUAAUUAAGGAGAAUCCGUUCAAAAUGAUGCGAACGAACGAUACAAUUGCACCGGCAAAUGAUGAGCUAAACCCAUUCCACAUCGAGGACAGUCCGUGUAAUUUCUCCACCGUGUCGGCACUGUCGGAGUUGACGAUGGCAUCCGAUACGAUGCGGGAUAAAUCGCUGGAAAGUAUGGAUCGGGAAUUGAUUGAUUUGCUGGUAAAGGAUGGCUUUCCGAAGAAGCGAGAGAUAGCAGUGGUAAGCUCACCAUCGGUCGAAUCCGAAACGGAUGAUCAUCUGCUGGAUGAGGCGAUUGCAGCCGGUAUCACUGGGAAGGUGCAGCACGGGCGUGGUGAUAUUACGGAUGAUGUUACGAAACAACUGCUGCAGCAAAAUGUUUCGUUUUUGCGUCGUGAAGAGCCAGCCACAUCAAACCAUCUAACGACGAACCACGGUUGGGUGUCACCGACACAUUUGUCACAACCCUUAACCAACAACGACAGCCUACCGGAGGAUAAUGACGAUUCGGAGCAGGAGGAAGACUACCAGCUGCUGGUCGAAUGUAUCCAAAAAGGGAUGCGUCCGGCUGGGGCGCGUGGUGGCACGUCGUCCACGCAGCACGACAGCGAAGAACUGUUGCCCCUCGCGGUGGGGGGAAUGCAGCGACCGUCGAACCCGACCACCAUCCCGAAGCAAUCGUCGUCCCAGUCAAAAAACGUGCAAACUACGCCUGCGAUGUCGAAGGAUGUCGGUGUCUUCGAAGUGUCGCCAGGCGUAGGAAGCAAAACGCAAAACUACUCACCAUCGGUCCGGUCGGGCAUCGGUGGCCGGCGACGGGCACCGGGAGCGAAUUCCCCACCACCGACCGAUACAUCCGACAUCACCGACAGCACAACCAUCUACUUCAGCCUAACACCGUCGGCGGUAUCGAACACGGUCGCCACCAGCAACAGCAGCACCGUCGAACCCGCCACGCACCGGGCGGCUCACGAGCGAAUAGUGGUGGGAGCGGCGAACAUGGCUUCCGCUCACACAGCCCCGACUGGGUCUGAUGAGCUGAUGCUGGAGCAACCGCUAAUGAUGGGCGAGAGUUUCGAGCGUGGACCAUGUGCCAAGCAUAAAAAUCCGGAACGCAUGCUCCAGUCGGUCGAACGGCUUACCCAGGAGUUGGUGUCGCAGGUGGAAGAACGGCACGUGCGUACCAGUACGGAGGAAUGCAGCACGGUUACCUCAGCCGUCGAGUUUAAGAUAGGCGAAAAGGUAACGACGGUGCCGGGUGGUGGAUCUGUCGUGGUGGGAUUAGCCGACUGUCUACAUGGUGGCUCACGGGUGGGAAUGAUGAUGGAUGAUGAAGGCAAUCUGGAGAGCGAAGAGCCACCAUCCAUUCUGUACCAAAUGUCGAUGCCAUUCGUGCACCACGAACCGAUCGUGCUGAAUUCGAUCGAUUACAUUUCACUCGCACCCGUCGAAGAGCAGAUGGCAACCCCGCUAGCGACUACGACAGCAACGACAAUGCCGGCACCGAGUCGUGUUAUCAAACCUGUGCGCGUCGUAUCGAACCCGGGCUCACCUAGGAUUCGGAAAUUACAACGCGAAUCUUCCAUCAACAAGGAUGCGGACAAGGAUGAGUGCAAGGGCAAACCCAUGAAAAGCCAAGAUGCUAAACCCACAAAGAAAGAGCAACAGACCAAAAUCGUCAAACCGGCAGUGGAAAGCGUUACGAAGGUUUCCCGCGUUCGGCAACCAGUGCCAAAGGGUGGGGCCUUUCCUGCCGGCAGGACACCGCCAAAACCUUCCUCGGGCAGUCCCAUCCAUCGUCCCACGGUAAAAACCCUCUUCCAGCCGCAUGCACAACGUUCGGCGACGAAAAAGCUUCAGCCGGAACCAACGCAACCCGUAAAGCAGAAGCUCAAACAAACACCAACGGUGGCGACAGGGCUCGGUAUAGCACGCCAAGAUACGUUCGUGUUGGACAAACCGACGCUGUCAAUGCACGUACCGAAGGUUAUACCGAAGGUGGCAUCCGGUGGAACCACCGAACCGCAGGCGGACGGUAAACCGGUGUCCAAAAUCCCACUACUGAAAGGUGAGAAAACCUCCUCAUCGAGCCGCAUACCACCGCCGAAGCGGACACUCCAAGCGGGAAAGCAACAGCCGUCCAAGAUGGGGACAUUGAAAACAUCUCCCGGUGGGGUUGGUACGCUGAAGAAGUAA